AGGCGUAGAGAUUUACAGGCCGGCGCUCUACUAAUCUUGGAUGCUUCCAUCCAGUCGUAAAACAAAAAGAAGACACCACUAACUACAAAAUGUCCGUCGUAACGCUUCAACUGGGGCAGUGCGGCAACCAGGUCGGGGGCGCUUUUUUCGACUGCCUGGCCAAGGAGCACGUCCGAUUUGAGCCGCGGGAGAGCUACGGAACUGGUGGCUCUGCUCACUCCUCUUUGUUCCCAGCGAGUGCCGUCCUGGAAAACAUGUUUUUUCGGACACCCGAACAAGAACAUUCUUCUAUCGACCGGAGCGCUAGUAUUUUUAAAGCCACUUCCUCCAAACAAACACCACGAUUGGUUCCCCGCGCAGUGUUGAUCGAUUUAGAACCGCGAGUGGUGCAGAAUUUGCUGUCGAGUAAACGGUCUUCUUCAACUACAUCAACAGGAUCAUCAGCACAGAAAACUUAUUUCCGCUACGACCCCUCCCAGGCGUUUUACCAGCAAUCUGGUGCGGGCAACAACUGGCUGCAUGGGUUCAAGCAGGGGAAUUUGAUGGAGGAGCAGCUGGAAAGCUUAAUCCAGCGCGAAGUCGAUUUCGUCGAAGACCGGUUAGAAGCCUUCCUCGUGUUCGUCUCCGUCGCGGGAGGCACUGGUUCGGGGCUUGGCUCGUUCGUCAUGAGUCUGUUGAAAGACCUGUACCCCGAAGUCCCGAUUCUCGCGUGCUGCAUUCUGCCGUUCCAGGAGGGGGAAGUGGCGGUCCAGAGCUACAAUGCGUGCCUGGCUUUACACGCCGCGUACGAGUUUGCGGACUUGAUUUUCCCCUUUGAAAACCAGCGGACGAAGGAAGAGAAGAAAGUUUUGAGUACCAGUGUCGCGCAGCGGAGGAUGAACAAAUUCUACAACGAAUUCGCGGAAAUGAACUACUUGAUCGUGAACACGCUUUUGCAUUCUGCGCUGCUACCGGUUGCCGUUUCGAAAGUAGUUUGCAGUAACGACGAAGUUCUUGUCAGUAGGCGCUCAAAUUGGUCAACAACAGCUGCAAGAAGUGACGCACGAUUGAAAAAGCCAGGUGUAUCGUCCACUUCAUCUCGCAGGGAAGGAGCUGCGUCGACAAAUAAUCGUCGCUCGCUGUCUCCGAAAAAAGUGCGGGAACUCUUUGCGUCGCAAGGAGGAGGAGGCGGAAGUAGUGGGCACGACCGAUUUUUGAAGGAGAGAAUUAUAGCUGGAUCGAAGUCUUCUUCUUCAUCCUUGUCCACAGCGACAUCAACCACAGGGUCACUACAGAAAAGCCGAAUCUGCGACCUGUUGUUGACCCACGGGUCCCACCCGAGCUACCGCUUCUGCACCCUCCGGCACUUGCCGACGCCGCAGAAUUUGCAAAAUUUGUUCGACGGGAAUAGAAUUGCAAACGCGUGGACCAACACAGACAGUUGGAGUGCGCUGGCGAAGCGGAUCGCUCACAUCACCAACGCGAAGACGGUCGAAGAUUUCUACGCGCGCAUGUCCGACAGCGGGAAAAACCGGCUGAUCAGUUGCGAAGCAGUUUGUCGGAGAGGAACGGAUAAUUUUUCAAGUGGAGCAAGUGCAGCGUCGACGUCCACCCAGCAACAGCAGCAGAACACGGUGCAAGAGGUCGCGCAAAUACUCGCCGCCGAACUGGAGUUCAGCACUCACGUGAGCUGCGUUAGUAGGACUGACGGUUGGGGCAGCUGUAGCAGUUCUUCCUCUUAUAAUUUUUCACCGCGGGCAACAGCUACCUUUUCGGCAAACAACUGUCUACGUGUGGUGGAAAGUUACACACCACCAGCGCCGAGGGGACUGAGUAAUUCUGUGAGGCACGGCGCUCCAGCGGGUGGGUCAGCGAGUUCUUCUAAUACAGUCUCCUUAGCGACGAAUUGUCAAACCGUUUUAAGACCUUUGGAACAGUACUUGCAGAAAGCGACGUCUCUAGCAAGAAGUGCUUGCUACAGACACUACUUUGAUGAGGAACUUUUGACGAACGCAAUUCUUGGGGUGCAACAAAUUUGCGAAGAUUAUCGACAGCUAUCUGGAAGUGGUCGGCGGGGUACUAUGAAAACCCAGAACUUUAC